AUGACCCAUUCGCCUCUUUCUGCAACAUUCGUCAACAGCACCGACCAGCUAUUUCGCUUUGUUCAUCACACUGAAAUCUGUCCCGCCAGUCUCACCCACCUACGGAGUACUCUUCUGCCCCCAGAUAUCGGUUACACUCCCAAGCAGAUGCUGAUACGCUCUCAAUCCGAUGUCGUCCACGAUCAGACACCCUGA